UCCACACAACACUUCGUUUCAGUCUCAACACAGAAUUAUAUUAAUUCUUCAGUCUCUCUCAAUUUCAUCCUCUUCCUUUCUCUCUUCUUCUUCUUCUUUUGAUAUUUCUAACGACAACCCAUUUCAGGAGAUCAUGGAAAAUUCUUAUGAGCAGAUGGAAUUGCCUCCAGGGUUCAGAUUUCAUCCCACUGAUGAAGAACUGAUAUCCCACUACUUGACACCAAAAGUUCUUGACACUCGUUUCAUUGCCAGAGCUAUUGGAGAGGCUGAUUUGAACAAGUGUGAGCCUUGGGAUUUGCCCAAGAGGGCGAAAAUGGGUGAAAAAGAAUGGUAUUUUUUCUGUGUUAGAGACAGAAAAUACCCAACUGGAUUGAGAACAAAUAGAGCCACUGAAGCUGGUUAUUGGAAAGCCACAGGCAAAGAUAAAGAGAUUUUCAAAAACAAAUCUCUUGUUGGAAUGAAAAAGACUCUUGUCUUUUACAAAGGAAGAGCCCCAAAAGGUCAAAAAACCAACUGGGUUAUGCAUGAGUUUAGAUUAGAAGGCAAAUAUUCUGCUUAUAAUCUUCCUAAAACUGCCAAGAAUGAGUGGGUGAUUUCAAGGGUGUUUCAGAAGAACUCUGGAGGAAAGAAGAUGAAUAUUCAAGGGAUGGUGAAACUGGGUUCAUCUUCUUCUUCUGUGUUGCCUCCAUUGAUGGAUUCUUCUUCUUCUCCAUACAACAAUGAAACCUCUCACGUGACCUGCUUCUCCGAGCCCAUGGAGGAGGAUCAGAAGACUAAAGAAGAAGAAGUAGAAGAUAUGAUUGAUCCCUACAACAGCUCACUUUUAGCUUCUUCUUCUUCCUCAAACCCAAACUCCGAAAUCUCCCCUGUUUCAAAUUCAUUUUUCAUGCCGACUUGGCCGAAUUUGCAGUACCCGGAUUCAUUCUUGAUGCAAGACCAGUCGAUACUGAAGAUGUUGCUUGAAAAUCAUGGGCCAAACAUGAAGACAACAGUUUCAAAAGCAGAAUUUUCUCAGGAUUCAGCGGUGUCAAACCAUGAAGUUAUUCAGAGAUCGUUUCAGAAUCAUCAUCAUCCUCAGCAUCAUCCAUCAAGUUCUUGUGGACCUGUAGACCUUGAUUGUCUGUGGAAUUAUUGAAACUAAUAUGAUAAUCAUGUUGUUAAAGACUAGAAGAUUUAGAAUCUUCAGUAAUUAUUGUUGAAAAGUUGUGGUGGUGUGUGUAUAGAUUACAAUAAUAAUGGUAAUCUACAGUCUUAUGAUAAGAAAUGGGGAUUGACUGAAAUGCAUGUAUUCUGAAAGGGAAGAAAAUAAACUCCAUUUUACACUCU